AUGCUCUGCACGCCCUGCUCGCCGCUCGCGGAAUCGUAUCUGCUGCUGCAGAGCCGUGAUGCCCUUUGCCCUUCUCCGUCGGAGGAGCGCCAGGCCAUGCCACCCGAUGAGCAAGGCAGCCUUUCCGAGCCGGGCGGCGGGAGGGAAGGAAACUGCGGAAAGGCGUCUCGGAUAUCCCCGAGAGGAAUCGCGGGAAAAGCCUGUCCAAAGAACCUUUUGACCGAAUGCCGUCUUCGGGAUGAGGAAACUUGGGAGCUGUGGCGCUGGUUAUACUCUGAAUGCGUGCGCCGCAAACAGUAG